UGCUUUGCAGAAUAGUAAUCAAGGUAUACAAAAACAGAAGACUAGGCAACCCAGAAUAUCUGGCAACCACACUCACACCAACACUCACCGCGACCAGUUUUGCGAGGCAAACUCCCAUUUGAAUUCUACAGUUGAUCCUGAACCAUGAGUAAAAAGGAAUCAACUCAAAGGAUUCUCCAACAUAAAGUCUUCCUCAUAGACACUUUAUCUGUAGAAGCCAGUUUCAUCCUGCAGAAUGUGCAACAAGCUAAACUUAUCACUCAGCGUGACUACAAUAACCUCUCUGAUGUUUCCGAAAGAGAGACCAAAAUCAUCAAACUGCUUGACAAACUCAUAGGAAGAGGCGAGGAAACGUGUCAAGAAUUCAUAGAUCUUUUAAGGCAGGAUUGUGUGUUGGAAAAUUUCCCAGUCUUAGAGGGUCAUGCCAUUUUUGCUUCUUCAGUGCAGAAGGUCUCUCAAUACAAAAUAACACAAAAUCCACGAGGGAUCUGUGUAAUCAUCAAUAACGUGGAUUUUACCAGCAUGGGUGAAAGAAGGGGAUCAGACGAGGAUCAAAAUUACCUAGCCAAAGUUUUCCGUUGGCUGGGGUUCGAGGUGGUGGCGCACAGAAAUAAAACUGCAGCUGAAAUGAAGAACAUCUUGCAAGCUCUAGGAAGGACAGUAGAUGGAGACUGUUUUGUGUGCUGCGUUCUCUCCCAUGGCGUAGAAGAGGGAGUGUGUGGAACUGAUGGCAGUCUUGUGUCUGUUGACGAAAUACGAAAUCCUUUCACUGGCGUCAACUGCCAAAAGCUAGUCGGGAAGCCCAAACUGUUUUUCAUACAGGCAUGUCGAGGGCAGAGAAAACAACUUCGUGUGAAUGCUCAAGCAGAUGGUCCAGGAGAUGGAGAGUCAGAGAUGGAGGUGGAUGGCGAUGAUUUUGACAUCACGAUCCCAUCUGACACAGAUUUCCUGAUUGCCAGAUCAACCACCGAUGGACACGUUUCUUACAGAAAGCCUGACGAAGGCUCCUGGUUUAUUCAGUCACUUUGUAGAAACCUGGAGAAACACUGUCCACUGGGUGCUGACAUCCUGACCAUCCUGCUUUCUGUGAAUAAUGAGGUUAGCAUUCAGGGGCUUCACUCCAAACAAAUGCCCGUCCAUGAAGUCGCCAUGAGGAUGAAACUGAUCCUGCCGCCAGUGAAUAACUGAAAGCUCCUAUACUGUCUGUGUGAGGCCAAUAUAUCACUCCCAGGAUGUUCAAUGGGAUCAUUUUUUUAUUUGACUGAGUAUAAUACUGCAUGCAUUUGUCCUUCUGGAUGUGGGUAUUUUUUAAAACCUUUUUUAAAUUGGGAACAAAGGUGUUUGGGCAUAACCUCAGGGGAAUAAUGAGCCAUUUUAGAUUAACAUAUUUAUCUAAUCUUUGUCACUUUUUUAUAAACAGCAUUUAUUUGCUGUAUUUUUCCUGGUAUUAACACAAUUUAUAUAGUUUUCUAUGUACUUUCUGAAUUCAGUGUACACUCAUACUAUUAUUCUAUGAUAAAAUAAUGUUUAAGUAA